GCCGCCAGCACCAGCCAUGAACCCGCACCUCCGCAUCCUCCUCCUCCUGGCCGCCGCCGCUCUAUGCCAGGGUGCUCCGCUGGCCGGGGAGCUGCGCUGCCGCUGCCUGCGGACCGUGUCGGAGGUGAUCCCGCCGCGGCGCAUGGCCCGCCUGGAGUUCCUCGCCGAGGGGCCACACUGUGCCGUACCCGAGGUCAUUGCCACGAUGAAGCAGGGACAAAUGGUCUGCCUGAACCCCUCCGCAGCCUGGGUCAAGCUCCUGGUCACCAGGAUCCUCCGCAGCUCACCCAACAAGCUCUGAGGGAAGGAGUAUUUCGGAAUGAAGCUACCUGUUUGCCACCAGAUAACAGGAAACAGAUGCUAUGAGAACACAAUAGCUCAGCUCUCUGGUUUUGAUGAGUUUGUAGAUCAGAUGUUCUGUGUUUCGUUCCCUCUCCUCGUGUUUGUUAUUUCCUAAUCCUAUGUACGGUUUUAUUGACUGAGAUUAAGUGAUUGAACCCAUUUGAUAAGGCAGUGGGAGCUUUGCUGGACACCUCUCAGCAACAUCUCACAACUUGCUCCGCCUUUGUGCAAGCUCCUUCUUGACAAAUCCUAUUUGCCAAUAAGUUAUUUUAAAACUUAAGCAUUAAUAUCUGAGAAGAGGAUAGGCCCAUCGUGAAGAUGAAUUUGCAAAUGUCUGCAGAGAGUGUGACAGGAGAGGUUUGAAUGGAUUGUGCCGGUGCUUGGGGGUAAUCCUUCUGUCAGGAAUAACAAGGGUGCUGUCUGGCACUUAACAUUUCAGUGCCUGUUCAGGAUCACAUGGGAAUAAAACCUGGUUCAAGAAAGAAUGUUUCGCCAAAUCUCUUUUUCCUACUCGGACGCACCAGCCUUUAGUGCAGAAUGCCUUGGACCUUUUUUCACAAGACACCAUCUAAUGAAAUCACAAAUUUUGCCUCUGAAGUCUUUUGCCCCUAUUCAAUACUUAGAAGAGUUUAAUAAUUUCUAUGAAAUUGUGGGGGGUUGUGCCAUGCCUGGUUUGGUUUUUAACCGGUUCAUGUUGAGGUUGGUUAGCUGGUUUGUUUUUAAAUGAGUUUACAUUAAAGCAUUUGGUAUUUAUGUGCAAGAUCUAAAGGAACAGUAAAUGUUCUGG